CGAAAAGGUCGCUCAAAGGCAUCUUGUAUUUUGUGGCACUGGCAUCGCCUCCUCUGUUAAGAUAUAUAAGCUGGGCCCUUGUGUGCCUCUAUCCUCAUCCUCAGCUCCUCUGAAGAUCUGAACAUUCGACUCCUCUUCCUCACCUCACCUUCCUCCAAAGCAGCAAGCAUGUUCUUCUCCAUCUCCUCUCUCGUCACUGCCUCGCUCGCUCUCAUUGCCUCGGCGAGCCCGGUCGAGCAGAGCGCGCGGGAUACUCUGGUCAAGCGCGCUGCCGAGGACGUCUGGAGCCCGCACAUCCUGACGCCCAACGCCGGCACGGUCUGGGUCAUUGGGCAGUUGGUGAAUGUGACCUGGGACACCUCCGACGCGCCUCCCGUCAUCAGCAACGGCGCGAGCGUCGUGCUGAGGGAGGAAGUUCUCCUCCAGACCCUAGUCUCCGACUUCGAUCUCCGCGCAGGCUUCGUGACGGUCACCGUCCCGAACGUGGCGCCGGCCAACGACUACAGCAUCGUCCUCUUCGGCGACUCCGGCAACGACAGCGAGGACUUCACGAUCACGAACUGAAGGGACAGCCCAUGUCAUGUAUAGGGCGCAGAGUGCAAUGAAAGUCAGGGGACUCGGCUCGCAAUGUAGGGAUCAGAUUGUGAAGUGUAACGAAUUGACGCAAGUGUAAAGAUACGAAUCCUAUGUCUACUUGUAUAGCUAGAAUAGCUUUCGGGUGUUGACCUUUCUGUUUGAUGCUGGCUCAUA